GGUCACAGUUCCAGCACGACUAGGCAAAGUCAAAGUCAAAGUGAACCUGCAGCUUGUCUUAUCUAUCAGGACUCUGAUAUGAUCAGAGAUACAGGGACACGUGUCUACGUCAAGCACACACGCAGGCAUUGAACUUUGUACAUUGUCGUGUUGUAUGAGGUGAUCUGUACGAGGGACGUAAGAAGUGCAUGCCAAUAGCCAUCACAGCUCUUUAAGUGACUCUGAUAUCAGGCGUAGUGCUUCUACCAGACAACUUAUAAACUAUUUGUUAUUUCUGAGGUCACAGACAAAACAGAACAUUGUUUUAACAUCUCACUUCCUGCCUGCCUUUCCUCAAUUUACAGAUAGCCUCGGUGACUUGGAAAAAUCAUGACGAUUGGCAAAAGCUCCAAGAAGCAAAAGGCUCCUCGGGCUCCUCCUUUCCUUGACCGGGCCAGUGGAUUCUAUGGACGCUUAGAUGAAAUAGAAAUAGAGUUCAGGACAGAGGAGCAGGUCACAGAGAAACAACCGACUGCAAAGCCCGUGUUAGGAGAAAUUAACAGCAACGAGCUUCCAGAUGAUCAGGAGCACUGCAUGUGUGAUUUCAGCGAGGGCAUGAUGGAGGACGACGGGACCACCCUGCUGAAGAGGAAGCCAAGCCGACUGAGCCGGCGCUGGAGCAGGAAAAGCUCCAGAAGAACCAAGUCUGAUAAGCCGUCACUGGAUAUGGACAUCCAGAGCUCUGAGACUCGGACGGCUCCGACCGUCGAGCCGAGCUUGGAUGUGAACUUGGUCACUGAUUCAGGAUCGGUCAUCAGCGCUCCAGAACCUAUGCUGAUCCACUUCUCCAUAAGAGAGGAAGCUGAUGAUCAGAAGCUCAUUACUGAAGGAAAGGAGAGAGAAAAGAAGAUGUCGGAGAAGAUGAGAGAUGUGGAGGAGAAAACAGACGUAGGGAACAUGAAGGUUGUUAAAAGGAACUCUUUUAGGAAUUAUGGCAAGGUUUUGGAUAAAGCCCUCAAAAGAGGAUGGGAGACCUUUGUUGCUAACUUGUACAGUGUGACCCUCUCUCCUGUUUCCUCCUCUGUGUCCACACCAAGCAAGACUGAAAUGGACAAGAAAGCUGCGCUGGCAGAUUUUAGAUUAUAAUAAAUCCAUGAAUGCUGAUAAAAUGCUGAUAUGGUUUAAAUAUGCAUCGUCCAUUGUUAAUUGGCUGAAAAAGUGUUCAUGAAGUAAUUAUUGUUGCAUUUAUUUUUGUAAGCUGUAUUUAUAUUUGAUUUCUCUCCACCAGAAUAAUCUUUGUUACUACAGUGUCUAAAACAGAUCUUGCUUUAGGACGGUUUGUGUUAUAUAACCUGAAAUAGUAAGAUUAACGUCUUGAGAGUGCCUGUGAGGUCGUAGCUGUGGUUCUGACUCAGAACAAGAACGAUCUCACAAAACACAAUGCAAUCAUUUUUAGGACUUGUUAUGAACGUUGUGAAACUGACUGAGCUGAGAACAGUAUUAUGGAGGCAGAGGUCUUUGAUUUGUCUUUGCUAUGGUCAACCUGCAAUGACCACGGGACCAAAACUCCAACACUGGGAGCUCAGUUUUCCUUGGCUUUGAAGUCCAGGACUGAGCCAGCUGACUAACUUAUUUAUAUUGAUCAUAAAACAUUAACAUUUGUAAGGAUUUAAUAAACUUAUCAUAAGAUCAUGACUACAGAGAAAUAAUUAUAAUAUAUUCCUUGUAAAUAAAAAAAAAAACUU